AUGGACCUCGACCCGACCCUGUACUCGCCCCACAACGACGCCCCAGCGCGCACGCCCUCGCCGCCUCGCGCCAACGCUCCCCUCCCGGCCUUCGACCUCCCCUCGGCUCCUCGUCCCUCCGUGUCGCCCUCCGUCUCGCGCGUGUUCCAGAAGAAGCACACCGACGCUGCGCCCGCCAUGAGCAAAGGCCUCGACCUCUCGGUGCCCCCGAGCCCGCACCGCCACGACUCGCUCGCCUCUGCCUCGUCGUCUCAGGACGAUGCUCGCGACACGGCAUCGGCGCGCGACAACAUCCAGGCCCUCGUCUCGGCCGGCCAACGCGCGCUCGGCACCAACUCGUCGUCGUCCACCCCGCCGUCCCUCGCCAUGUUCAUGGGCGGCGGCGCCCAGCGUCGCACCCACCGCAUCGGCACGGGCAUGACCGAGCAGGAGAAGGAGGAGACGGAGCGCCUCGAGCGCGAGAUGGCCGCGACGAGGGCCAAGUGGGGCGACAAGGGCGCCCAGGGCGACGCCGACCCGCCGAGGGGCGGCCUCAGCCUCGCCGACCUCAUGAAGGGCGGCAAGGGCACCGCGAGCGCGUCGCCCGUCGCCGCAAAGGUCGCGCAGCGCUUCCACGCCGAGCCGGAGCGGCCCUCGAGCGCCCCCGCCGCCGCGCCCGCCAAGUCGCCCGUCGACGCACAACCUCUCGUCGUCGAGGCCAAGAUCGUCUCGCGCUCGCCGCCCGCCGAGACAGAAGAGCUCGCGGCGCCGCAAAAAUCCGCCUCGGCCCCUCCUCCGGCCGACGCGGCCGCCAAUCCCUCCCCUCCUCCUCCUGCCGCCAGCACACCCGCUCCCACCGCCUUCACCGCCGAGCCCGAGACGGCGACACUCCCGCGCUCGAAAUCGUUCGGCCUCGGCGCCGGCGCGAGCAACACGCUCACGCGCCUCCAGUCGUCGGGCGUCGUCGCCGACCGCCUCAAGUGGACCGAGACGCUCCAGCAGCCCGACGCGGGCGACGCGCCUCCCGCGCAGCCCUCGGCGCCGCCGAGCCCCGAGAAGCGCCGCAGCGUCCUCGAGCGGUGGGGCCGCGACGAGCCGAAUGCCGGUGCGCCCGCGAGCCCGAGUCGCCAGCGGAGCUUUGCGCUCGAGGCGGGCGCGGGCCGCGACGAGGUCCGCAAGGCCCCCGAGGACCUCUUCAGCGUCAAGGGCGGCGAGGACAAAGCGUCGUCGGCCGUCCCGGCUCCCGCGCCGACGCCGUCGUCCCCGGCCAAGUCGUCCUACUCGAAGCCGUCGUGGUCGGCGGCGCCGAUCGGCGUCAAGGAGCCGUCGAGGGUCUUCUCGCCGCCGCCAGUCGACGAUGACGACGAGGCGGCGUCGCCCCCUGUGCGACACACGCGCGGCGUCGCCCUGCCCGGCCUCGGCCCGAGCGGCUCGAGCGCGCCCAAGCCCGCGCCGUCCACCUCGGCGCGGCCCGCCCCGCUCGCCUUCCCGUCCGAGCCCUCGUCGCCCGUCCGCACGCGCACCCAGUCGAGCGACCUCGCGCCCGCGUCGCCCGGCCGCCCGUCGGUGCGCGCGGCGGCGCAGCGGUGGGGCCAGACGGCGGCGCAGAGCGCGGCCGAGAAGAGCGAGGCGCUCCAGGCGCUCAAGGCGAGCUACGGCGUCAAGCUCGGCCCGACAAGGGGCGCGACGAUGCCUGCCUCGUCGGCGUCGGCGUCAUUGCAGGAGAGGAGGAGCGAGGUCGAGGCCCCGGCCAAGAGCAAGAGCGUCGAGGUGCCCGCGCAUGCGCCUGCGCCCGUGCCGCAGCAGAAGGAGGCGGAGCCUGCCCGAGCGCCUGCCGCGGCGCGUACGGCGUCGCCCGCACCCGAGGUCAAGCCGGCGCCCUCACUCGCGCCCGCACCUACCGCGGCCUCUCGCUCCUCGCACGGGUCCGACAAGCCCACCACGGCGCCGGCCUCGACCACCCGUACCCUCGCCGACGACGUCGUUGCCGCGCUCCUCGCGCCCCGGCCCGUCGCGCACCUCCCGCCGGGCGAGGUCCUCUCGCUCGACGUCUUCCACCUCAACUCGCCGUCAGACGACCCGCACCCGAUCGACCACAACCACAUGCUGUUCGAGAGCGAGGUCGUCGGUGUCGUGUACCGCGCUGCAGCGCCUGAAGGCGAGGGCGACGAGGGCAUCUUGACGAGGACGUGGGUGUGGAGGGGCAGGGAUGCGCAGGAGACGGCGAGGACCGAGGAGCGCAUCGCGCGCUUGGCGGAGAAGACGGGGACGACGCCGGUCGAGGUGCAGGCUGGAGCCGAGGGGGCAGAGCUCGCCGAGGCGUUCGCCGGGCAGCUCACCGUGUGCAGGGGUGCGAGGGACGCGUUCGACCACCUGGCGCAGCGCAUGUUCUCGGUCCAGUCGCACGACGAUGCCGUCUUUGUCGAGGAGGCCGACGUCACGAUCCGCACCCUCUGCUCGGGCUACGCCACCGUCUUUUCGUCGCUCGGCGAGGUGUACGCCUGGCUCGGCGAGGGCUCGACCGACCUCGAGCGCCACGCGGCGUGCGAGUUCGCCGAGUCGCUCGCCGACGGGAGGAGCGUCGAGGUGCUCGCCGAGGGGGAGGAGACGGCGCUCUUCUGGCACCAGCUCGCGGCCGAUGGGGCAGAGUACGCCAACGCGCAUUACUGGCGCUACCGCCCUCACCACCCGCAAACCACCUCGGUCGUCCGCUUCUCGCCCUCGUCCUCGGACCGCUUCUCCCUCCUCCCGACGCCCGCCCUCUCGCCCGACCACGUCUCGCUCCUUGACGCCGGGUUUGCCGAGAGCUGGGUCGUCGUGCCGGAGAAGACGCUCGUCGAGAAGAAGGGCGACGUCGAGCUGGCGCUCGAGGCCGCCGAGAAGCUCGCGGCCAAGUGGGAGGACCGGGGCUUUGGCGCUCGCACGCCGUUCCACGUUCUCCUCACGCCCUCGCUUCUUCCGCGAGACCUCCCCUUCCUAUCGCGCUCCCUCGACCUCUCUGCGCUUAACGUCGGCGCAACCCCUCGCAAAAUGCGGGUCUACACGGCGCAGGAGGCGCGCGACGAGUUGUUCUAGACGACGAGGAGAGGCGGUUUGAGAAGGUCGCGGUUUUAUACUUUGUGCAACUCGAGCGGUAUGCGUUCCCGAGAUAGC